AUGAUUACCUUACGAUCACUUACAUGUAAUAAAGGAAGAGAAUUUAUCUCUUCCAUACGCGGUCUUUAUGGACGAGGAGUACCCCUUGUGCUUGUGCACACACACACGAUGGAUAUCGUGUUGUGUGAAUUUUACAUGAUUUUGUGGAUUUGGAUUCUUGCUUACGAUAAUUCCUGGCUCAUGGUUGCCCUUCCUCAUCUAUGUUUGGAGCGGCGAUUGGAAAUUUAUAGGAUGCUAACAACAGUUACCUUGAAUGUUAAAGAAGCGCGGUUUCGCGCAGAGGUUCUUCUAGAAUACCUCGAACAGGCACAGUGCGAAGACGAAAAUCUCAAUGAAAGGAAUGACACGCAUCUUCUUCGAUUUACGAAGGGUCUACUUGGAAGUCUGAUGAAUGUGAAGAGCAAUUUUUGUUUGAAGAUUUUUGCGCAUGACAUAACUUCUAAAAAGAAGUCCUCACGUGCCAUUAUCCCCAUGAAUUGUGGACCAAUGGCUCAAGAAACAAUGCAUAUUGGUCGAUGGAAUACUAAUUGCGCAGCACACAAAAUGCGCAAGAUAUGGAUAACAAUAAGUGAAGAAGGACAUAUGACCUUCAGUCAGCGAGGAUCCAUUGCACACUGGCAUACAAUUAAAUGGUUUUCACUGCUUUGA